ACCUGUUACAACUCCCUCCUCAGCCAGGGUGUUUGUUUGCCUGUCCAUUCAAAUCUCAGGCUGCCCUCGUGCUCUUCCUUCAACUCUUUCGUCUUUGGUAGCAUUCUUGUCUUCAAUGUUUCGUCCUCGUCCUCGAUUUCGUCCUUGUCGCAAUUGACCCCUCCUCUCUUCGUCUUCUUCCACCGUCGCAGAAUCAUGAGCGACCCUCGACGCGAUGCCCCGCCAUCGCUUACUGCAACCGUAAACGCAAACGCUGUCACUACCACAACCGCAACGGUCCUGCCUACGUCAAACGGACAUGCCAAAGGCGACGAUGCCCCCGAUGCUGGUCUGAGAAGUCUUGAUCACUACAAGCGCGCUCUGCCGAAAUGGCGAUACGACCUGCGCCAGCAGUUGCUGCCCCUGAUCCGAUGGGAAACUCCCUACCUUGCCUGGAUGCAGGAGAAGAUGCGAACUCCAGCUCUUGAUAGUUACUUUGCUAUUACUGCCAACCUUGGAACGCAUACCUUCUUUAUGAUCGGUUUGCCCAUUUGCUUCUGGUGCGGAUAUGCCGCCUUUGGAAAAGGACUCGUUCACAUUCUUGCCCUUGGAGUAUUUUGGACCGGCUUCAUCAAAGACUUUUACUCUCUUCCACGCCCGCUGUCACCUCCUUUACACCGAAUUACAAUGUCCGGUUCUGCCGCCCUCGAAUAUGGUUUCCCUUCAACCCAUAGCGCCAAUGCCGUCUCUGUCGCCGUCUAUGCGCUCCUGAUAUUGCGCAGUCCCGAGAACACGCUUCCCCCGACCACAAAAUUUGCAUUGGAAUGCCUCUCGUACUUUUACGCUGCCUCGAUUAUAUUCGGGCGUCUCUAUUGUGGAAUGCACGGCUUUUUGGAUGUCAUUAUUGGAUCAAUCAUGGGUGCUGCCAUCUCUCUCCUUGAAUUCUACUACGGACCUCCUCUCGACGAAUAUAUGCACUCGAGUUCCUGGAUUGCACCUUUCGUGGCCGCUUUAAUUAUCCUGGUUCUUGUGCGCAUCCAUCCCGAACCGGCCGACGAUUGUCCGUGUUAUGACGAUAGUGUUGCCUUCGCUGGCGUCCUCAUUGGUCUCGAGUUUGGCACUUGGACAUACGGCAAGAUUUCAAUUGACCCUUGGGAGACUCAUGCGCAUGGCGGAGGAGCUGUGGAUAUUACACACUUGGGCUUAAUCGCCAAUGUUGCAAGAAUCGUAUUUGGCGUUUUGGUUGUCUUUCUCUGGCGCGAAACCAUGAAACCCUUGCUACUUGGACUUUUGCCUCAUUUGUUCCGAAUCAUUGAGCAAGUUGGCAUGAACAUGCCUCGGCGAUUCUUCACUCCUGCCAGCAAAUACAAGACGGUCCCGGCAGGCUCUCGUAUCGAUACUCUUUUCCCUUCGCCUUCCGACUUCCCACGUAUGGUCGAGAGUAUCCGAAACCCCACAACCCGAGGUCGCUCUGUGUCAAUCGGACCUCAGAGUGCUGCGGAUGCCUAUGAGACCUUGGCUUAUAGGGAGCGCAAGCGACGUGAAAGUGUCAGCAGCAACCAUAGCCUGAAUAGCAAGUCGAGCAACGUUGAGCUGCAGAACACACACGAGGAUCACUCUGGAAAGGGUGCCCAGACUUCUGGCUCGCAGCCUAAUCGUAUCGUCGAGUAUGAGCAAAUGAUGGGAACCGGCGAGGUCGUGAUGACACCUUCCGUCGAGGACGACCGGGUCGGUAUUUUUGUUACGAGCCCAGAAGACAGGUUGGGUGAAAGGGAGAUGUUCUCGCAGUUGAUCAAGCCCCGUGUACGAUAUGACGUCGAGGUUGUGACCAAGCUUGUCGUCUACACUGGUAUUGCUUGGUUUGCAGUGGCUAUAAUCCCCAUAAUGUUUGAGCUAGUUGGCUUGGGGACGAACCAACUACGUGAGCAAUGAGUGACGAAGUAACACGAGACGAGGCCAGUAUUACGGAUGGUCUCUUGGACAUAGGUAAUUUAGAUAUUCUUUUCUCCUAAUGAACAUACAGGGCUAUGAGAUGGGCGCUUGAGAUGAUUGGGUCUGGUUUCCUAUGGUGGCAUAGCUGUAGAUAACCCUAAAGUUGUCAUAAAUGUGUUAUUAAACAGGUGAUUCAGCACUAAUUUUUAGAUGAAAUUUUAGCAUGUUGAGUGCAAGCAUAGUAAUUCACACUUUUUCAUAUUCUUGAGAAAAGGAAACACUUGAAGUAGAAAACUCAU